AUGCCUAACCAUUGGUGGAUCCCCAAAAGCGUUGGCGGGCCGGCUUCUUCCUCCGGUUCAACUGGCCCCCCUGCAGAAGCACCAGCUGGACAGGUUAUAAACUACGGUGAACGCCAAGAACUAGGAGGCCAUUACCGUCGAUGGAUCUCCAAUCCAAGUAAGCCCAACUGUCCAGUUCAACCAAAUCAACUAACGAUACUCGGCCUCGGACAACAGUUUAAUGUGGAGAUAUGGCAAGAGACCCCGGCAAAUCCUGAUCUCAUCAAUCUCUUCCAAGCCCUCCAGCUCAUUCCCGCAACCUUUCCUCACGACCAAUCUGCGUAUCGAAGCUACGAGUUCAACUCCUUCCUUAUGAUGUCAUGGCGUGCAUUUGUUGGGCCACGGGUGCUUAUUAUUGAAGAAAUGCACCGAAGUGAUGCACGAAUGCCAUAUGUGUCUGAGGUCUCUUUGGCAGUUUAUGGAUCGGAUUAUCUGCUUGAUACACUUCGACAUGUUAUUAUCACCAGUGUUGUUAAUGAGGAAACCCUCAGUUGUCUUUCGACCCAGGUUCAUAGCAAUGUUUAUUGGUCGGAUGACUGGUGGCGGACUUGGGAGCACGGUACCCCUGAGUAUGAUACUUUGCUAGGUACACCGGUUGGCAAAAUGGUUGCUAGUAUGGCCCUGGGAGGGUUUCCUCGCGGUACAAAGAAGAUUUCUCGCAUUAAUACUGUGAGUAAUUGGGAUGGACUCACUGCUCAUUUUCACUUUGAGAUUGUACCUGGAGCUGUUGAAGGUUAG